AUGCAACCUGCUCUGCUGAAGAACCAACCUGUGGGAAGAAAGAUCAAGUGUUUUGAAUGUGGAACCCCAGGAAGUCAGCCAUGUCCCAGUGGGAAAGGCUGGAAGCGUGGAGAAAUUGUGGAAUGUGAUGCUAGGGCAAUUUGCAGCAGCAUAACAAAACUUGCCAGAUGGGCAGCACUGGGAAGUCUGCUGUCAGUGGCAGCAUUUCUGCUCACUGACUCAACAACUGCCCAGUCAAUAAAAUUUGGGGAUGAAGGGAACAAGUCCUCAUCUGAAGAAACUUCAAGUAGACAAGGAAAGGCUAUUUUGUUUGGAGACUCCAAUGGAAAUCCACCAUCAGUGACUGAUGCCACUGAGGAAAUUGAUGCCAGGAUCAAUCAACCAGCAAAGCAAGGCAUUGACAGGACUGAGUUGUACUACCCAAACAAUGGUCUCUUGGGUGGGGACAGUGAACAGACUGAGGGUGAAACU